AUGGCGGAGCAUUUGGCUUCGAUAUUCGGGACGGAGAAGGACCGAGUGAACUGCCCUUUCUACUUCAAAAUUGGGGCGUGUAGGCACGGGGACCGCUGCUCCAGACUCCACACCAAGCCCAGCGUCAGCCCCACGAUCUUGCUCUCCAACAUGUACCAGCGGCCCGAUAUGAUCACCCCCGGCGUCGACGCCCAGGGCCAGCCCAUCGACCCCCGCCAGAUGCAGCGGCACUUCGAGGAGUUUUAUGAGGAUCUAUUUCUGGAGUUGAGCAAGUAUGGCGACAUUGAAAGUCUGAAUGUCUGCGACAACCUAGCCGACCACAUGGUGGGCAAUGUGUAUGUUCAGUUUAGGGAGGAAGAACAUGCUGCAAAUGCGCUUCGGAACCUGAGUGGAAGAUUUUAUGCUGGUCGUCCUAUCAUUGUUGACUAUUCACCAGUGACAGACUUCCGUGAAGCCACCUGCAGGCAAUACGAGGAGAAUACAUGCAACCGUGGUGGAUACUGCAAUUUUAUGCACCUGAAAAGGAUUGGCAGGGAAUUGAGGCGUGAAUUAUUUGGGAGCUAUAAGAGAAGGCAUAGUCGCAGUCGAAGCAGGAGUCGCAGCCCUUACCGGCAUCGUAGCUAUGAAGAGCGCUCUCAUGGUAGCCGGGGUCAUAGCAGAAGGUAUGAUGAUGAGGAUCGCUAUCCUGAAAGCUGGAGCCGGAGGAACAAGACUGUAAGCCCCGGUCGAAGGAAAGGACGCAGUAGAAGUAAAAGCCCUGGAAGAAGAAGAAACCACAGUCCGAUUAGAGAAGGAAGUGAAGAGAGACGGGCAAAGAUUGAGCAGUGGAACAGGGAAAGAGAACAGGAUGAAAAUUCUAGUAAGGUCAACACUGACCGAAGUAACACUAAUGGGCAUGAACAAAUGGAACAACAGUACAAUGGCCAUGAGGAACGGCAACAAUAGCAGCUUCCAGAUAAAUGAGGGUGGUGUGCAGGUUCAUUCUGUGUCAGGAUCUGAGACUACCACAAAUCAAGAGUAGUGAAUGAUCGAAUAUCAUGGUUCAGUCUUGGGUUUUGUUUCCUUCUCUCUUUGUAGCUUAAUAUCUUUUUUCUGUUUCAAUUUACGGGAAAAAAAAAGUCGAGAUCUUACAUUCUUUACAAGUUUUGCAGGUUCAGGUUUCCCUGCUUCUAUGGUGCGUACCUUUUUCUUUUCAUUGCAGCUUACCAUGGAAUUUGUGUACAGGUUUGCUGGUGCAGUGUUUCAGGAUUCAGGCGAAUGUAGUGGUUAUUCGACGUUUGAGGUUUCAUUUCGGGAGUACGAAAGUAUCUUUGAAUUCCAUGGCUCGAACAACUGUUGUAGGUUGUUUACAGUUUGGUAGUUGUAGUAGUCUAAUUAUGGUGCUGCUUGAGUGUGGCAACCAAAUUCUCUUAUGUUGUUGAACGAGUUGGUUGACAUAUUUGAGAUUUCAAGGAUUAUUAUUUGAUGUUUUUAGUUGGAACGAUCAUAUUAAGUAAUUCGGUUACUGUUUUUA